GCCUUGUAUCGUAAAAGAGAUACAGGUUUUAACCUAGGUAAUACCAGAUCAAACGGCUUUAACAUAAGUUUCUGACAAAAUACAGUUGUAAGUUUUCAUUUAAAAUUUGAAUAAUGGAUGAAAGUGCCAUCAGAAGAAGAGGUUUUGAGGACAUGGAGCUUAUUGUAGAGGGGAAAAAGGUAAAGACAAAUAGCGCUCUUCUGUGUUACAACUCGAGCGUCCUGGCAACGUUAAUUUCGAACGCACGCGCCACAAGAGAAGCAGCAGACGAGAAUGAAUGCCUUUCAUAUUGCACGAAAAGCGAAGCGGACAGGCUUAAGUUAGAGAUGCCAAAUCUAAAAUUCCAAGAUGUGAACCUAAUGGUCAGGUGUCUGCAGUCAAACAGUUUUGCAAAGGAAGAUAUAACAGGAGCAAAAGCUUUGCGCAUUCUUCCUCUAGCAGAACAAUUCCGAAUGAAGCGUCUUCGAAAUAUAUGUGGCAACGCUCUUUACGACUCUCUUGCUACAAUGAGAAGAGAUCUUGGCGCUGGAUGCCUCUCGUGCCUUGAAGUUCUGCAAUACCUAGCAGCUGCUGAUUUGUACAGCUUUGAUAAUGUCAGGAAGCUAUGUUUACUUGAAUUAGCAGUUCACACGGAUGCACCAAGCAGAAAACUGAUACUUCGAGACAAACAUAUCAACGAAGGAACAAAAUUGGAAAUCAUGGACAAAAUAUGUGAUAACAUGGAUAAAGAUUACGAUGGCAAAUUGAAACAAAUCCGGAUUGACAUGAAUCAAACACAUAGUGAAACAGAACAAAGAGUAGAUACAUUUAUAAAGCAGCUAGAUAUAUGGAAGAACGAUUUCACACAAGAAGUUAACGACAUGGUAACACGCAAAAAAGAUGUACACAAGCAAUUAAUCAACGAAAUGGAUCUAGAAGACAUAGCAAGCCACAUGGAUAAAGCACUGAAAGAAACAAAAUUAAGUCUAGUUAAAGAGAUGUUUGUCAUCAAAAAGGAGAUACAAAGAGUAUAUGCACUCAUGGAAACAAAGAAAACUAUCAAGAAGCCAGAAGCAGAACGUCUAAGCAAAACGCUAGAAGAAUUUAUGUCAAACAACACGCAGAAAAUAGACCGUAUUGCAGAUACUAUAGAGAAUAAGAUGAGUUUGUGUUACCGAAGUAAAGAGAAUGUACAAGCUUUUAAUUCUGCCAAGAAACUAGAAGAAAAUGUAUGCAACACUUUCAAAGAAUGGGAAACGGAGAUGCAAACAUUAGCUGAGGACCGGAUAAAGUACAAAGAAGAAAUAACUUGCCAUGAGAAGACAAAAGCGGAAUUGAUGAAGAUGAAAAUGAAGGAACAUAAGCUUAAUACUUGGCUGAAGUGGGCGACACCGGCGUCAGAAGACGUUAGAAAAUGUCAUUGUUUUAGGCACACUGUGCCAAGAAAAUAACUUUUAAAGUAAAAUUGAGGUGUGAAAUUAGAACGAAAAACGCGUCAUAAAAUUAAAACAAAAAUUGAUUGAAGUAUUGACUGAAGUCAGAAUUAAGAACGUAAAGUAGUCAGUCAAGAAGACAAUGUUACGUUUUGACUAUAGCACUUGUUUGUAACGACAAUUGUUAGAAACAGUAAUGUUUCCUAAGUGUGUCUUGUGGUAUUGCCUCUGAUCGUUCUAAGGUUGUUUCCUGCUUGCUCCUUCUUCUUGCAUGUUUGUCACUUAUAUGUUAUUAUUACUGCAUUCAUUAGUGUUUGUGUAUGCAUAAGCUUGUGGUAUUGCCUCUGAUAGUUCCAAGGUUGUCCCCUGCUUGUUCCUUCUUCUUGCAUGUUUGCCACUUAUAUGUUAUUAUUAUUGCAUUCAUUAGUGUUUAUGUUUCCAUAAGCUUGUGGUAUUGCCUCUGAUAGUUCCUAAGGUUGUUCCCUGCUUGUUCCUACUUCUUGCAUGCUUGUCACUUAUAUGUUAUUAUUACUGCAUUCAUUAGUGUUUGUGUAUGCAUAAGUUUGUGGUAUUGCCUCUGAUAGUUCCAAGGUUGUCCCCUGCUUGUUCCUUCUUCUUGCAUGUUUGCCACUUAUAUGUUAUUAUUAUUGCAUUCAUUAGUGUUUAUGUAUGCAUAAGCUUGUGUUAUUGCCUCUGAUAAUUCUAAGGUUGUUCCCUCUUCUUGCAUGCUUGUCACUUAUAUGUCAUUAUUAUUGCAUACAUUAGUGUUUAUGUAUGCAUAAGCUCAGUUGGUGUGUACGUGUAUACAUUUACACUUACCCAUUCUCUGAUGUGGAGUGCUGGAUUGUGGCUUUUCAUGUCGCACUUUUAUCUUUGUUUUCUUAAAACAGAAGAGAUACAGCAGUAUUUGCAACAGCACACCGUAAAACAUUUAUUGUUUCAUGUAUUGGCAUAUGAAUUUUGAAGUUUACUGGAAACAUUUCUCAGUUUACACAAUGGAGUUAAAUACUGUAUAGUGAUAGUAUCAGAUUUAGUUUAGCUAAUAGCAAUCCAGCAGUAUACUUCUAUGCAUGUACAUAUGCCCCUACUAGAGCUAGUUAUAAACAAGAUAUUAAUUAAUAUUUUAAAGAAGAAUACGGUUUUUUGUUGCAUCCUACUGAGACGAAUAAGUUUGUGUUAUUAUCUGGAAAAUAGUGGUUUAAUGAGGCACUGUCAACAAAUAGAAUGUAUUCUAACAGGUAAACAAGCUUUGAAAGUAUGUUAAAAUAACGAUGACUAGAUAAGCAUUAUUCCGAGAUAUUUUUGUUGGUGUAGAUGGUGGUAUCAAACACUGGCGUAGUUUGUUUCAGUUCAGCUAUACUCUUCAAAAAGAAGACAAAGGGAUCGAAAGUACGUUUAAUCGUUUCAUUGCUUUUCUUAUAUUCAGUUCGAUUGUUUGUAUUGUACACGUAAAUAUAUAUUUCGCUGAAAACCAACUACAUUGUAUUUUAAUGAAUUUAACAAAACAAAACACUUCAUUGUCAUCUCGUUUGACAAAACAAAACAUUU